AUGGGUGAUCGCAAUCCGAUGAACGAGUACCUCCGCCGUCUGCAGCAGGUGGCUCAGACCGGUGGCCGCGGAGGCGGCGGCAUGCCUCCAGGACCUCGCAUUGGCGGUGCGCUCAGUGGCCUGGUGCUGCUCGGAGGCGGUCUCUACUUCUUCCAGAACGCCCUCUUCAACGUCGACGGUGGUCACAGAGCAAUUAAGUACCGCAGGUUAAGUGGUGUGAGCAAGGAGAUCUAUAGUGAAGGAACCCACUUCAUGGUCCCCUGGUUCGAGACGCCGAUUGUCUACGAUGUGCGAGCGAAGCCCAGAAAUGUGUCCUCCCUGACCGGCACCAAGGACUUGCAGAUGGUCAACAUCACCUGCCGUGUCCUCUCCCGACCUGAGGUCCAGGCUCUUCCCCAGAUCUACCGGACGCUCGGCUCAGAUUACGACGAGCGUGUUCUGCCUUCUAUCGUCAAUGAGGUCCUCAAGAGCGUCGUGGCGCAGUUCAAUGCCAGCCAGUUGAUCACCCAGCGUGAGAUGGUCGCCAGGCUAGUGCGCGAGAAUCUGUCCAAACGCGCCGCCCGCUUCAACAUCCUGCUGGACGAUGUUUCCCUGACGCACCUCGCUUUCUCUCCCGAGUUCACCGCUGCCGUUGAGGCUAAGCAGGUUGCUCAGCAAGAGGCGCAGCGUGCCGCCUUCGUUGUUGACAAGGCCCGGCAGGAGAAGCAGGCCAUGGUUGUCAAGGCCCAGGGUGAGGCUCGCUCUGCGGAGCUCAUCGGCGAUGCGAUCAAGAAGAACAAGGCCUACGUCGAGCUGAAGAAGCUGGAAAAUGCCCGGGCGAUUGCGCAGGUGAUGCAGGAUGCCGGCGGCAGAAACAGGCUGCUGCUCGAUGCCGAGGGACUGGGUCUGAACGUCUUUGAGCCAAAAGACGAGAAGAAAUAA